AUGCCCCGUCCCCCAUGCCCCGUCCCCCAUGCCCCGUCCCCCAUGCCCCGUCCCCCAUGCCCCGUCCCCCAUGCCCCGUCCCCCAUGCCCCGUCCCCCAUGCCCCGUCCCCCAUGCCCCGUCCCCCAUGCCCCGUCCCCCAUGCCCCGUCCCCCAUGCCCCGUCCCCCGUGCCCCGUCCCCCGUGCCCCGUCCCCCAUGCCCCGUCCCCCAUGCCCCGUCCCCCAUGCCCCGUCCCCCAUGCCCCGUCCCCCAUGCCCCGUCCCCCAUGCCCCGUCCCCCGUGCCCCGUCCCCCAUGCCCCGUCCCCCGUGCCCCGUCCCCCGUCCCCCAUCCCCCGUCCCCCGUCCCGCAUCCCGCGUCCCCCGUCCCAUCGCCCAUCCCCCGUCCCCCGUCCCCCAUCCACCCAUCCCCAUCACCCAUCCACCCAUCCCCAUCCACCCAUCCCCAUCAUCACCCAUCCCCCCAUCCCCAUCCCCCAUCCACCCAUCCCCAUCCCCCAUCCACCCACCCCCCCCCCCAGUCCCCAUUCCCCAUCCUCCAUUCCCCACCCCCCAUCCACCCAUCUUCAUAACCCAUCCACCCACCCCCCAUCCUCCAUCCACCCAUCCUCCAUCCACACAUCCCCCAUCCACCAAACCCUCAUUCCCCUCCCCAUCCCCCAUCCUCCAUCCCCUAUUCCCGAUCCCACUUCUCCCCAUCAUCUCCCGUCCCCAUCAUCCCGCUCCCAUUCUCCUCCGGUCCUUUUGUUUUCAAUCCCCCUCCCCAGCUAUCAGCAGUGCAUUCAGUGCGUCUGCUGCCUCUGUGCCCCUCGCCCUGCCGCUGCCAGCACGUGUUGGUGAGGGAGGGGAGGCCUUGCCGUGCCCCGGCCACAGGCUUGGGCGGCAGCAGGCAGGGCGGCAGCAGGCAGGGCGGCAGCAGGCAGGGCGGCAGCAGGCAGGGCGGCAGCAGGGAGCAGUGGAGGAUAAGGUGGUGAUAGAAGAUUAUGGAAGCGAGAGUGCUGGUGAGAGUGCUGGUGAGAGUGCUGGUGAGAGUGCUGGUGAGAGUGCUGGUGGGAGUGCUGAUGGGAGUGCUGAUGGGAGUGCUGAUGGGAGUGCUGAUGGGAGUGCUGAUGGGAGUGCUGAUGGGAGUGCUGAUGGGAGUGCUGAUGGGAGUGCUGAUGGGAGUGCUGAUGGGAGUGCUGAUGGGAGUGCUGAUGGGAGUGCUGAUGGGAGUGCUGAUGGGAGUGCUGAUGGGAGUGCUGAUGGGAGUGCUGAUGGGAGUGCUGAUGGGAGUGCUGAUGGGAGUGCUGAUGGGAGUGCUGGUGAGUUGUACGAGAGAGAGGAUGGGGGGGAGGCGGUUGGUGGUGGGGCGAGAGGGAGGGAGAGGAAGCGUGUGAGAUGGAGGAAGAGGAGAAGGAAGGGAGCAUGCAGGGCGAGGAGGAAGAGGGAGGAGAUGGCGGAAGGGCAGAAGGGGGUUCAGCAGAUGAGGAGAUGGCGAGUGGAGACAAGGCGAGUGGAGAGGAGUGGUUGGAAGGAGAUGAUGAGGGGGCAGCGGUGUGGAGCAGGGGGGAUGAGCCGGGCAACGGCUCCUGCAUCUUCUCAGCAGCUGCCACUGGCUCGCACUGAUGAAGGUUUGACUUGGAGCAUGUCCCAUCCCAGUCGGCCGAAACAUCAUGGGAUGGGGCGAGGAGGGGAGGAGGACAGGGAGAGGAAGGAGGGUAGUGGUGGGAGGAAGAUGGAUGAUUCUGAUAUGGGGGAGGGGGAUGAGGAUGAAGGGGAGGAGAAGUGGGAGGAGAAGGAAGAGGAGAAGGGGAAGGGGGGGGGGGAGGAGGAAGAGAGGGAGACGGCGGAGGGGGGGGCGACAGGGAGUGGGUCACUGCGUGUGCAGGUGGCGUGUACAGGUGAAUGUACAAGGGGAGGUGCAUGCAGGGGAGGUGCAUGCAGGGGAGGUGCAAGCAGGGGAGGUGCAUGCAGGGGAGGUGCAUGCAGGGGAGGUGCAUGCAGGGGAACUGCAUGCAGGGGAGGUGCAAGCAGGGGAGGUGCAUGCAGGGGAGGUGCAUGCAGGGGAGGUGCAUGCAGGUUAGGUGCAUGCAGGGGAGGUGCAUGCAGGGGAGGUGCAAGCAGGGGAGGUGCAAGGGUUGGAGGUGGCAGGGUGGGAGAUGGGAGGGUGGGAGAUGGGAGGGUGGGAGAUGGGAGGGUGGGAGAUGGGAGGGUGGGAGAUGGGAGGGUGGGAGAUGGGAGGGUGGGAGAUGGGAGGGUGGGAGAUGGGAGGGUGGGAGAUGGGAGGGUGGGAGAUGGGAGGGUGGGAGAUGGGAGGGUGGGAGAUGGGAGGGUGGGAGAUGGGAGGGUGGGAGAUGGGAGGCUGGGAGAUGGGAGGCUGGGAGAUGGGAGGGUGGGAGAUGGGAGGGUGGGAGAUGGGAGGGUGGGAGAUGGGAGGUUGGGAGAUGGGAGGGUGGGAGAUGGGACGGUGGGAGAUGGGAGGGUGGGAGAUGGGAGGGUGGGAGAUGGGAGGGUGGGAGAUGGGAGGGUGGGAGAUGGGAGGGUGGGAGAUGGGAGGGCAGCAACUCGUGAUGGUUCGCCUCCAGCCACCCACUCACUCCUCGCCCAUGCAAGCAGCAGCGCGCCCUGCUGCCAACCUGGGCAAGCAGGGGCCAUGCGCGGCACAGCAAGGGUUGUUGAGGUGUAG